GCUGGGUUCAUUUCCAUGGAAUGGGCUGGGGAUGAGUGCUGGAUUCCAAGAAUAAGCAGAAGCAGCUCCUGCACUUCCCUGUCUCUGCUGGAAAUGCUCCAAAUGACACAUUUGAUUUAACAGUCAUGUGGGGAGCAACGUGAAAUGAGUUUGUGGGGCUCAGUUCCAUUUCUCCAGGAGCUCUGGCUCCUGAUUUCCCUGUCCCAAGCCCUGCUGGAGGUGAGGGACCAAAGGGGCCUGAACCAGCCCUCAUUCCCAGGCCAGUCACAUCCCACAGGCUCCUCCUGCCAGGGCUGCAGCAGGGAGGCUGAUGGAAACGUUUUGAGAUUUUCAGAGCUGACCUGACAGAAAGAAAAAGAAAAUGGUUCUGGAAAUGGUUCAUUCAGCCCAACAUUCCCCCAGCAAUUUGCUCUUCGUGCAGUUGCACUGGGUCAAGCUGUGGAAGAGUAAUAGCAAAAAACAGUGGAGUGGAAGAGAGGCAUUUUUGGGAAGAUUCUUGAAGAAAAUCCAGAUUUGUUCUCCCUGGAAUGAGAAGGAGCAAAAGCUGCAAUCAGUCACCCGACAGAGAAUUUCUGGUCACUGUGAGGGACCAUUUUCUCAACCACCAGCUCGAGGAAAGGCUCAUUUAGGAAUGGCCAGGCCUGCAGGUUUAGCACCACACCAGUUUCACAGCCAGGCUCUGUUUGUUCUUUCAUGGAAGAUCUCCAAGCAAAUAAAUAAAAAUGAAACCCCAGCAGGCCACCCCCAUCAGUGUGCUGGUAUUCUGGGGGGUCUGUGCUGCAUUCCUGAGCCCCUCCAGCAAUCCCCAGCAGGGAUUCUGCGCCCUUUGUGCCAGGGACAGAACAAGGUGGGUGCUGGGCUUGUUUAAAGCUUCUCCCAGAGCAGUGUCCCUGCCCUGCUCUGUGUGUGGCUGGAUUUCAGACAGGGCUGCUCCAUGCACAGGCUCUUCUUUCUCCUGAAACCCCAGGGGAUGAUGUCCUUGUCCUCCUUCACCCUCAGGGUGCUGCCAGAGCUACAGCAGAGCUCCCUUCCAGCUUUCCAGAAAUUCCCCCCGUGCACAGCUCCUGUCAAUAUUUUAUCAGGAUUUGUCACCAUCGUGCUUGGAGUGCCAGCACAAGGGGAUGGCUCCCCACCACCACAGGGAUUUUGGGGAGGAAUUUUUCCCUGUGAGGGUGGCCAGGCCCUGGAUCCCUGGCAGUGCCCAAGGCCAGGUUGGAAUUGGAGCAGCCUGGGAUGGUGGAAGGUGUCCCUGCCAUGGCAGGGCUGGAGCUGGAUGAGCUUUAAGGUCCCUCUAACCCAAACCAUUCCGUGAUUCCAUGAAAUCCUGCUCCAGUGGGAGCUGCCACCCAGCCUGUGGCUUCAGGCCACCACGUGCUGCUCCCUCCCAGGCUGCCCGAGCUGUGGCUGGCACUGGCCACAGUGCUGAUGCCUGAAUUUCCAGCCCACCAGAGCAAUGCCUGUCCCUGCAGGAUUGCUCAAUGUGCAGGAUGAAAAAGAUGCCAAGUUCCUGUGCUCCUUCCUUCCGGGCCAGCCAGGAGGGGGAGAGGAGCUGCCCAUGGGCUGAGCCAGCUCGCUCCUCUCCAGCUCCUCUCCUCUUCCUCCUCCUCUCAGCCCCAUGGAGAAGCUCCUGCACCUCACCUUGCUCUUCCUGUCAGCGCCCUGUGCUGCCGAGAACGUCACCGUGGUGGCCGCCAUGGAGGGCGACACCAUUUCUGUCAACUGCUCCUACGACCCGCGGCACUGGUGGCGGGAGAAGAGCUGGUGCAGGCAGCGGCAGGGCCGCUGCCGGCCCGUGGCGAGCGCGCCGCCCGCCUGGCUGCCCUGGCCCGGGGCCAGCAGGGGCAGCACCUCCAUCCGCGACGACGCCCGCGCCGGGCUCCUGACCGUCACCAUCCGGCACCUGCGCAAGGAGGACGCGGGGCUCUACCGCUGCCAGACCGAUUUCCUGGGCCGGACACGGAGCCUGAGGAAGGUGCAGGUGGAGGUGCUGGAAGCAGCUGACCUGGGGACCCACGUGCCAGAGGAGCCCAGAGCUGUGCAGAGCAUCUCCAGGUCCCCUCCUGAUGUGGAUUUCACUGUGUUCUACAUCCUGGCUGGAUUCCUGGUGGCCAAGUUCAUGGUGGCUGUGCUGGUCGGCGCUGUUGCCCACAGCAGGAAGAGCAGGGAGAGAGGGCAGAAGCCAGGCCUGGGUGAGCAGCAGGGGCUCCCACUCCCUGCUGACCUUGGACACGAUGGGAUUGGGCUUUCCUGGGAGAGCUCUGCGUGAGCCAAGCCAAAGGGAAUCCAUGGAAAAGAAAAUCAGGGGUUUGCCAUAAGAAAAGGAAAUCACUACUAAGCACAGGUCUGGAAGAACCUGUCCCUCUGGAGAGGUUCCCAUCUUCUUCAUCACCUCUUCCCCUUGGUGUCUCAUCCCCAGGCAGUUAUUCCAGACAUCAUUCCCAGCACCAUUCCCUCACGGUCUGAACUGACACCCAUCAACUUCCUGUCCCCUCAGGUGACAGAUUCUGUCUUUCCAAGGUGAGGAAGAGAAGCUCCCAAAAGCUGCUUUGGACAGUGGGGAUGCUUGGAGUAAAUCCCUGUGGAAAAUUGUGAGGAACUGCAGGAAAGGGAUGUGGUCUCCUUGCAUCUCUGAGCCAGCUUCUCCUCUCGGAAGGGCUUUGUGAACACAGAGCUGUCUCUCUGUUCUCCCUGUGUUUCCUCUCCCUUGUGGAGUUUGUCCAUCCCUCCCCACUGAGCUGCUCUCAGCUCUCCCAGGCUCCAAACCCAUGGGCACUCAAGUUUCUUUUUCCCUGCAAAACUGAAUAAACUCCAGCUGAUUCUC